AAAUACCUUCAAAGUGUUUUUUUACAUUACAGUACGUGUACAAUUAACACAACAACGCGUCCAUUCUUAGGAAAAACGCCGCCUCACAUGCUUCUGGUUAUAGACGUCAUCGUAGUGGGCGAUCUGGCCAUGAACCGUUUGGGUACCAUUGAGUUAUUUUGCCGGUUUUUGUGGAACAGGUACAUUUUUCUCCUUAAUAAUCACCCCAGCAACAACAAACAGCGCCUCGCCGGCCAAUGAGCUUUUUCAGCCGCCUCUGUCCUCACUUCCUCCGGCUGCGCUGCGCUCGGUGCUCUGGGUUUGGCACCAUCAUCAGCGCGCAGCCAUCUUGGACUCCGCUUUAUCUGGGCUGGAAAAGCCCACACUUCGGGAUGAGAGGAAAUUAAUCAACCUGGAUUGAUUUAGAGGAAAUUAUCCGGACUUUUUAUGUGAGACUUAAAUCAGUGACUUGCGAUUUAACGCAUUUCCAAACGCGCGUCCAGAGGCAGAUCCAGUUUUCCGCGGACCCCCCUCCCCUGUUCCUUAUUUGAACAACACUGUGUGCAGUUUCAGAAGGGCCUGUUAACUCUUUCUGCUGGAGUUUCUCUUGUCUCUAAAGUUCAGUCUGUAUGCGUGUGUGAUGACCUGUUGGUGUCCAGAUCUUUGGGGAAAGUUGCUCCUUUGCGCCGCGGGUGACCUGUUGUGCUGUUAUGCGUCUGGAUAAUAAAUUGCAAUAAUCUGGAGGUUUGUGCUGGAAUUUGGCAUCGCAUCGCAGUUGAUGUUGGUCCAUGAUCUUCAUCGACUUGUGCACGGCAGCUGUCCACCCUGCGAACUGAAAGGUUGCUGCGAUCAGACAGACUUUGGGAAUAAAGACACGUUAAAAUGUCAACCAGGACCCCGCUACCUACUGUCAACGAGAGAGACACAGAAAACCACACAUCACAAUCGGAGGGGCGAAAUGAAGUGGCGUCCCGCCCCGGGCGGUCAGGUGCCCGCUGCCGAAACUCCAUCGCCUCCUGUGCCGACGAGCAGCCGCAUGUCGGCAACUAUCGGCUGCUCAAAACUAUCGGCAAGGGCAACUUCGCCAAGGUCAAACUGGCACGACACAUUCUUACGGGACGAGAGGUGGCCAUAAAAAUAAUUGAUAAGACGCAGCUUAAUCCAACCAGCCUUCAGAAGCUCUUCAGGGAAGUCCGAAUCAUGAAGAUCCUAAAUCAUCCAAAUAUUGUAAAGCUCUUUGAAGUUAUAGAAACAGAGAAGACACUUUAUCUGAUUAUGGAGUAUGCCAGCGGUGGGGAGGUGUUUGACUACCUCGUAGCGCAUGGGCGCAUGAAGGAAAAAGAGGCCAGAGCUAAAUUUAGACAGAUUGUAUCAGCUGUUCAGUAUUGCCAUCAAAAGCGCAUCGUUCAUAGAGAUCUCAAGGCAGAAAACCUCCUGCUGGAUGCUGACAUGAACAUUAAGAUCGCAGACUUCGGUUUCAGUAAUGAAUUCACACUUGGGAAUAAGCUCGAUACGUUUUGCGGCAGUCCGCCAUAUGCGGCCCCUGAACUUUUCCAAGGUAAAAAGUAUGAUGGCCCGGAGGUGGACGUGUGGAGCCUGGGGGUCAUUCUCUACACGCUGGUCAGUGGAUCGCUGCCUUUUGAUGGGCAGAAUCUAAAGGAACUUCGCGAGCGAGUGCUGAGGGGUAAAUAUCGAAUCCCCUUUUACAUGUCCACUGACUGUGAGAACCUCCUGAAACGCUUCCUGGUGCUGAAUCCAGUCAAACGGGGCACGCUCGAGCAAAUCAUGAAGGAUCGGUGGAUCAAUGCAGGCAGUGAGGAGGACGAACUUAAACCCUUCCUUGAGCCGGAACUGGACAUCACGGACCAGAAGAGAAUCGAUAUCAUGGUGGGCAUGGGCUAUUCGCGGGAGGAGAUCCACGAAUCUCUAACCAGGAUGAAGUACGAUGAAAUCACGGCUACAUACCUCCUCUUAGGCAGAAAGUCCACAGAGUUGGAGGCGAGCGAUUCCAGCUCCAACAGUAACCUGUCGUUGGCCAAAGCCCGACCCAGCAGCGAGCACAACAACGGCCAAUCACCAUCUCACCUCAAAGUCCAAAGGAGCAUCUCCUCCAAUCAGAAGCAGCGUCGCUUUAGUGACCAGGCUGGUCCGGCCAUUCCCUCGGUUGGACAUCCCAAGAGGAGUCAAACCACUUCUGUAGAAAGCGAGCAUAAAGAGGAGGGCAGCGCACCGGCACGCAAGUCCAGCUCGUCCGGGAGCCGAGGCAUGGGCCCUCCGAGCCCCAUGCUGGGCAACGCCAACAACCCCAACAAGGCCGACAUUCCUGACCGGAAAAAGAGCUCCGGUACUCCUGGGAGCAAUUCUGUGUCCAGCGGUAUGACAAGAAGAAACACGUACGUGUGCAGUGAGAGAAACGCAGCGGACCGUAACUCUGUCAUCCAGAACGGCAAAGAGAACAGUCUGAGCGAAAUGUCGGGUCGUGUCAGCGCAAGCCCGACGGCGUAUACCAUGGCUCUCGCCGCCUCGUCAGCCUCGGUCCGACUGCGCCACCAAAAGGCUGCAUCCAUGUCGGCCUCCGGACACACCUGCCGCACCUCUGACCUCUUCAGGCCUAAUACGUGCACGGCUCAGACGACUCCGAGGAACCCCGGCGCUUCCACCCACAGCAUCAGUAGCGUGACCCCUCCGGAUCGGCUGCGGUUCCCUCGAGGAACGCUGAGCCGCAGCACAUUCCACGGUGGUCAGCUGAGAGAGAGACGCACGGCCACUUACAACGGACCUCCCCCCGCCUCUCCCACCUUAUCGCACGACGCCACGCCUCUCUCGCAGUCCCGAAGCCGCGGAUCGACAAAUCUCUUCACAAAGCUGACGUCCAAGCUCACGCGCAGAAACAUGUCAUUCAGGUUUGCCAAAAGAGUGCCGGCAGAAUGUGAUAGAAAUGGGAGGUGUGAGGAUUCAAGUCGUAACGUGUCUGGGGAUCAGAAAGAGGAACAGAAGGACUCCAAACCGCGCUCGCUACGCUUCACCUGGAGCAUGAAGACCACCUCGUCCAUGGAGCCCACGGAGAUGAUGCGCGAGAUACGCAAAGUCCUGGACGCCAACAACUGCGAUUACGAGCAGCGCGAGCGCUUCCUGCUUCUGUGUGUCCACGGCGACGGCCACGCCGAGAGCUUGGUCCAAUGGGAGAUGGAAGUGUGCAAGCUGCCCCGCCUCUCGCUCAACGGCGUGCGCUUCAAGCGGAUAUCAGGAACAUCCAUCGCUUUCAAGAACAUCGCCUCCAAAAUUGCCAAUGAACUAAAGCUGUAAAAAAAAGACAAAAUGUAUUGGUCGAAAAUGUGAAAAGCAACAAAGAGGACUAAGGCACACGAAACUAGAGUAAUCGAGCUGUAUAUUCUUUUGGAACAAGUAGCAGAUACAAGGAUUGUUUUCCUCAAACACUUACAAAGUAUGUACUGAAAAUAUUGUAUAGAAUCAUGCCUUAGGCAAUAAUUUCCUGCAUCUUUGAAGCAUUAUUAAUAUUAUUAUUGUCGUUAUUCUUGUUAUUAUUAUGGUUGGAUGGUUUCAAGCUGUAGGAAAAAAAAUGACGGUUUAUUUCAUUUUUUGUUUGUUUGUUUGUUUUGUUUAUGCACUACUGCAGUUGAUGCCCUUUGGGGACUGAUAGUAACACCAGAGACUGAAAACUUGUGUUUAAAAUGGCAGCGAAUUACCAAGCACUCUAGUAUUUCACUUUAUGUUCCUCCCAGUCCUCGAAUGCCAAAACAAAAAUGGCCAUUUUGUAUUUUAUUUUCGAAGGAAAAAUGUUUGCACACAUUUCCCCCAGAAAGCGCACAUGUUGUGUGUCUGUAGAUGUUUCUCUAUCCAUCCAUUCCUCCAGUUUAACAAGCAUCUUUUUUUCUUAACCUCCCGUGCCCUUUCGGGAAAUUAAAAUCCUGUUGUUUUCAAGUGCUAAAAAUAAACAGGAUCCAACAGGUCGAACCACUGGUGCCAUGCGGGCGGCUCCUGGUCACGGCACCCUCACUGCUUCAGACGGGCAACUGCAAUGGACGGAAAAGAGAUAGAAAGACAAAAGAUCAGGAAUAGGCUGGUCUGUUUAAGUAUUUUGUUUCCUAAUGAAGUGUUUUUUAAUGUUCCGGUCUUUGCUUUGGACCCCAGCGUGUAUCAGUCAUUUUGGGACACAUUACAGAACUUUAGCUUGCCAUUUGUCGGCUCCAGUAUUCACACCCAUCUCUAAAACCUUUGCCACUGUUUUAUUUUGUCUUGAUGUUUUCAUUUUUUGGAAUGUAAAUAAUGUACCUUAGUUUUGCAGCAGCAACAUAUUGAUAUACUUUUUUCUUUUCUAAGUCUGGCUGUGAGUCGGAAACUAUGGGAAUUAAUGUAACUCAUCACAGGAUAAGGUUAAUCAGUGUCUCCAUUAAAACAACUGAAAGUCAA